GCAUGCGCAGAGGGAUCGAAGGUGCGAGAAGGAACCAAGCCGCGACUGAGACGGCGAGACCUGACGCUGUUUGGACUCGAGUGCCUGAAGAGAUCUUGUGCUGUAGGAUUCCCCACGGAUUCUCCAUCGACCCCAAGUCUCCUCCCAUUCACCUGCCCCAAAGCGCUUCCCAUCCACUGCCCUACCCAAAGCCAGAACUGAUCUGCCGGCCUGUGAGUUGGGAUGGCUGAGAUGAAGCGGCCGGUCAUUUCCCACCCUUGGGAGGAGGAGGAGUGCUUGGAGUACUACGGCAUGGUGUCCUUGCACCACAUGUUCGAGGUGAUCGGCUGCCAGCUGACCGAGAAUGAUGUGGCCGUGCUCUCCUUCCUCCUUGAUGAGACCCAGCCCUGGACCCACCCGCUGGACCCCAGGCUGUGGGCCGUGGUGGAGGAGGAUGGAGCAGAGACCCCCUCGCCUCUUCUGGAGAGCUGGCAAAGGAGGAGCCGGCGCUGGCAAUCUCCGGUGGAGGCAACUGGGAGCCUAGAGGUGGUGGGCGAGCGGCACCAGCCCAGGAACGGGGUGGAGCUGCUGCUGGAGCUGGAGAGGAGAGGGAGAUGUGAUGAGACGAAUUUCCUGCAGCUCCUGCAGCUCCUGCGGUUGCUGACCAGGCAUGACCUGUUGCCUUACGUCACCCUGAAGAGGCAGCGGACAGUGUCCCCUGAGCGAUACACCUACGGCCCGUCUGUGACAGCUUCCGACCGGCAGAUGGACAGUUGCCUUGGCUCAGCCUCUGCAGAGACCCAGCCCGAUCAGUGGGAGACAGGCUCCAACUCCAGCAAGAGGAAACGGGUGAGCAGAGGCAGGGCACGGGCCAGUGCCCUCGGCAGGCGGCGCGGGGCCAAGACAGUCCCUGCCCUCAAGCAGGAGCCCCCGUCCCCCACCAAAGUGACCUGUGACAUCCGGCUGCGGGUGCGUGCCGAAUUCUGCCAGCACGAGCCGGUCCUGCGGCAGAACGUGCUGUCCAACAAGCAGCACCGGCUGGAGCGCCAGUUCGACAUCUUCGGCCAGUCCAACACCAUCCUCAAGUCGCGCGACCUGGGCUCCAUCAUCUGCGACAUCAAGUUCUCGGAGCUCUCCUACCUGGACGCCUUCUGGAGCGACUACAUGAACGGCUCGCUGCUGGAAGCCCUCAAGGGCGUCUUCCUCACCGAGUCCCUCAAGGACGCCGUGGGGCAGGAGGCCAUCCGGCUGCUGGUCAACGUGGAUGAGGAUGACUACGAGGAGGGGCGCCGGCUGCUGCUGGAGAGCCUUGGCCCCCAGUGA